AUUUCAUGGCCUCGGGCGUAUGAUAACAGCGCUAGCAACAAUUAUGAGCACCUACACACUGCAACGGCCCCGUGCCUGUUUAUGCAUGGAGAAUUGGACGAUAUCUGUCCAGUAUCACAAAGUCGUAUCGGAUACAACAUACUUCACAUACAGAAGAUCCCCACAGGUAUAGUUAUUUCUUUAUAA